AUGAAGAAGGCCAUGAAGAAGAAGGUUAUUAAGAAGGUCGCCAAGGCAGAGGCCAAAAAGAAGCCAGAUCCUGCGCCUGCCGACGACGAUGAUGACGAGGAGGAAGAAGAUGAUGUGCCACCUCCAGCAAAGGGGAAGGCCAAAGCAGGGGCAGCAGCCAAAGCUAUGGUUGACGAUGACGAUGAUGAUGAGGACGAUGAAGAUGAUGAUGAGGAGCCUGCGACUCCGGCCAAAAAGGCAAAAGCCGCACCCAAGAAGCCGCCUCCCGAAGACGACGAUGACGAUGAGGAUGACGAUGAGGACGAGGACGAUGAACCAGCCCCCAAAGUCAAGGCAAAAGCGAAAGCCGCUGCAAGCAAGCCAGCAGCCGCUGAUGAUGAUGAUGAUGAGGAGGAAGAAGAAGAGGGCGACGACGAGGACGAGGAAGAGGAGGAGGUGCCGUUGAAGAAGAAACGCGUUGACGUGGAUGGCGGAGGUGCGAUGACCAAAGUCUUUGUUGGAGGAAUCCCCUGGAAUGUCACCGAGAAGCAGUUAAGAAAAGACUUUGAGGAAUGCGGGGAAAUCGAGGAUAUGGCUUUGCCAGCAAAAGUGGCAUUCAUCACGUUCAAAACCAAAGCUGGUGCCAACAAGGCCUUAGAGUUCGACGGCGACGACUAUGGAGGCAACACCCUGAAGGUGAACAUUGCAGAGAACAAGGGGAAAGGCAAGGAUGGUAAAGGUAAAGAUGGGAAAGGAAAGGGCAAAGAUAAAGGCAAAGACAAAGGAAAGGGCAAGGGAAAAGGAAAGAAAGGUAAAGAUGGCAAAGACGGCAAGGGAAAAGGCAAAAGCAAAGAGAAAG